UUCUUAAUUUAACCUGAGUCCUGAAAAGCCUUUUCAGCUGCAAAAUGCAGCUUUGAGCUAAGUUUCCUGUGUGCAAAGGCAUGGGCCUCUGCCAGCCCCAGAAAGUGCUGCAGAAAUGGGGCACCUAUCUUUGUUUAGCUUCUUUUUCUUUGCAAGACCACAGCAUUAGAGAAUAACUUGUCUCUAUGUAUUGUUCUGGUUUCUUUUGCACUGUGAUUGUUUUCUCUCUUCCUUCAGCUGAUCAAAUCAUAUCACUGAACUUAGUGCCUUUUUUUUCCCCUCUAUGUUUUUUCUGUCCAUUCACACACACCCAUGGCAAGGAGCAGCCUGACACCAUUUGACAUCUCCUUGCUUCCUCAUUUCAAUAUUAACUGUUUACCAGAAGAGAAACAGGUUUGGGGUGCGGGUGCUGAGCACUUGCCUGUCUCUGUGUGUGAGCAGCAGCUCUUUUGCCCUCUGUCCCUCACAGCCACAGGUCAUUUCUCUGAGCUGCCUGGAACAGCCCCAUGCUAUUGGCACCAGCCUGACUUCAGGAGGGACAGGUCUGUGGAUGUGCUGCACUCUCUGCUUGGGCUGGGGUGCAGUGACGAGGCUCAGAGCUGUGCCUGCUACUGUUCUCACUCCACAACGGACUUGCUGAAGCACUCCUACUCCUCCGCAGAGCAAUAAUAAUGACCCAGCUGCAGUUUAAAGAUGCUUUUUGGCCACACACGCUUUGACUAAGCAGAAUCCCUUUACUGGCAAUGAGAGAAAUUACUGGUGUGCAAGGAGUUCACCUUCCACACUGGCUACGAGGUGCUUGUACAGAGGUUACUGGAGGGGAAGAAGAUGUGCAAAGAUGUGGAGGAUUUACUCAAGCAGAGAGCACAAGCAGAAGAGAGAUAUGGGAAAGAGCUGGUUCAAAUUGCCCGAAAAGCAGGAGGACAAACAGAAAUCAAUACACUGAAGGAAGCAUUUGAGAUGCUCAAGCAACAAAUUGAAAGUGUUGGAAACUCUCAUAUCCAGCUGGCAGUAAUGCUGAAGGAAGAGCUGAAAGGAAUAGAGGAGUUCCGAGAAAGGCAGAAGGAGCAAAGAAAAAAGUACGAGUCUGCCAUGGAGCGGAUGCAGAAGAGCAAACUGUCCCAUUAUAAGAAAACAAUGGAGUCCAAGAAGAGCUACGAGCAGAAGUGCAGGGAGGCGGACGAGGCCGAGCACUCCUUCGAACGCACCAGCGCUGCAGGCAACCCGAAGCAAACAGAAAAGAGCCAGAACAAAGCCAAGCAAUGCAGAGAUGCAGCAAAUGAAGCAGAGAAUGUUUACAAACAGAACAUCGAGCAGCUGGAUAAGGUCAGGACAGAGUGGGAACAGGAACAUAUCAAAACCUGUGAGGUCUUCCAGCUGCAGGAGUGCGACCGCAUCACGAUCCUGCGGAACUCGCUGUGGGUGCACUGCAACCAGCUGUCCCUGCAGUGUGUGAAGGAUGAUGAGAUGUAUGAAGAGGUUCGGGUCAGCUUGGAGAACUGUGUUGUAGAGUCAGACAUAGACUACUUCAUUAAGACAAAAAUGACAGGAACACAACCUCCAGAUGCCAUCGGCUACGAGAGCUACUACAGCAGAGAGCCCGGCCGGCGCAGCAGCAGCCCCACGCAGUCCUGCGGCAUGAUCAAGAGAUUCUCUGGACUACUGCAUGGGAGCAGCAAAAACAACACAGAAACUGCCACUCCUUCAGCCCCUCCUCUGGAGAGAACAGAAGGAGUCUAUGCAUCCAUUUUUGUCAAUGAAAAAGCUGAGAUCACAUCAUCACAGGACUACAGAGUACUUUAUGACUACACAGCACAGAACGUGGAUGAACUGGACAUCAGUGAAGGAGACACCGUGGUCGUCAUUGCAGAAAACGAGGAUGGCUGGUGGACAGCAGAAAGGAACGGGCAGCGAGGCUUCGUGCCAGGCUCUUACCUUGAAAAGCUUUGAUGAAAAGAAGCCCCAGUCCUCAGACUUUACAAAUAUUCUAUUAUUGAAAACAACCAACACACAAGGUCUGCUUCAGCUGACCAAGAGCAUCCCAACAACAUUAGUUUUUUACGACUACCAGUCAGGAAAUAACCAACUGACCAUGCUUUUCUCUCCCUUGCUCCUGCCUCAUCCCAUUACUCUCCAGGCCUACAUUAUCUGAAAAAAAUAUCUUUACUCCUGAGAGAUUAGGGCUUGCAUGUUUUGGCACAGUCCUACCCUCAGCACAUUGUGCUGCCAGCAGUGUUUCAAAGUUUGGUGAUUCUGGGAGGAAAAUCCCGCCCAGAUCUCACCUGUGCAAAGGGAAAAGAUCACAGAAGCAAAUGCAGUUUCUGCAGGAUGGAGGACUGUCCCCAGCCAGCCUGGGAACCACCCUUAUGGUGCUGACAGCCAUGCUCUGUGCCACAGAUCCCUUUCUCCCCAUGCACAGGUCAUGCUGGCAUUUUUGACAGAGGAUGAUUUAUCAGUCAUGGAUGAAGCAGUGAAUGCACCCAGAGAGGAGCACCUGAAGGACCAGGACACAUCCCUCGUAGGAAAACCUGAGGCACUCCCCAUCACAACCAUCUCCUAACACAGUGAAAUCCACGCUAGCCACAGGCUCUGCUUUGUUCUGGAUUCUGGGACAGAUGCUGGGCUCAAGGCUUGCUUUCGCCUUGGCUGGAAGGUUUCCCUAACGCCUCUCUGGGAUUAUGAAGUUCAAAAACCCAACAUCACAAAUAGCAGCUAAGCCAAGCCUCCAGCAAUGCUGCACUGCCCUGAUUCCUCUCCUCUGAGCCCCAGAGAAUUGCCAAUUACCUCCCCCUGCAAUGUCAGCAGGGUAUUCUCCCUUCCAGCCCCUCCGCCUCUCCUCCUGCCCACAGCCUGCUCUGGCUCCAUCUGCAGCCUCUGCCUUCUGCCACUGCUGCCACAGGGACCUCUCAUGUGCUCAUUCUUCAACAAAACCUCUUCAGAGAUGUUGCACUGUGCAGGUUCACUGUAUUUCACAGAUUUCAGCUCUAUCAGUCUUUCUAGUUUAAUAUGUAAGAAAGUUUCCAACUCUUACUGUACUGGACAAGUGAUUGGUGGAUAGUUUCUCUCAUUCUUUCCUCUCAGUAUUUCAAGUUAGUUAAAAAAAUUUUAAACCUGGUGAUUUAAUUUGAAUCAGAGCAAACUAUUUCUGAGGGCAGAAUGACUGUUUGCCAAGGUUUCAGGUCUUAAAACUGAAUCAAUACUCUGAAAAUUAAUCUUAUUGCUACCCAAAAGGCAUCAAGGAGAGAGGAACUGUUAGCUCAGACACACAAAAGGAAGACAAGAGAAAUUAGGACAAAAUAAAAAGGUGUAAUGGUCAAUGCAAUCUUUUCUUAAAUGAAACACAGUGAAGGUCAGAGGCACUUGCAGUAUCUUAUUUGAAUUCUUCCUUCAAGAAAGGAGCAGAAGUUGCCACAGGCCCUUUUCCUUUGGCACUCCCCAGUCCCCCCAGCACAUCCACAGCAGGGCUGGAGGGCUCCGGGCCCCUGGCACCAGCACAAGCUGGGGCUGGGAUGGACUGAAGGCAGCAGAGUGGGAGCAGCAGCGCUGCCCAGGCUGGAGAGGUUUCUGUGACACACCUCAAGUGACACAGAGGUGCACAAUGGCUCCAGCUUGACCAGGACAGUACGAGUGGAGGCUGCCCAACAACCACAGCAUCCCUUGUUAGCUACAGCAGGAGAGGAAACCAAAAGCACAAGAGAUUUAAUAUAUUCACUUCUUCAACACUCAAUCUUCCACAAAGAAGACUGUAAUGAACCAAUAAAUAAAUAAAUAUAGCUGGAUAUUUUGCAGAUUAUCUUAAUUAAACAGAAAAAAAAAAGAAAACCAACAAACCCAAAACUACUGAAAUGCACCUUCUCUACUGAUGUGGGACACACAGAUUUUGCAGGACUCCUCACUUCUCUGGGGGCCCAACCUCACACAAGGCACUGCAGGGCCUAGUCUUGAUUGCCCUGAAACCCAAUUACAGAUCAUCUUUGCUUCCGUGGACCACAUGGUCUACAUCACCAACAGACAGCUGGUGGAAUGGUGACUGCUGUUUCUCUCCCAUCAAAUCAUUCCAUAUUUUUGCUGUUAAAGUCAGGAAACCAAUUUUCUGUCUACCAGUAUCUUCUUCUGUCAGGUAAACACUGUUAAAUGGCAGGAGGCUAUAGGUAUUUCAAAAUCUCCCCAGUGUCACAGCAUUUGGGUCCCACAUGCUAACUCCAGACUGUUCAGGAAAUGAAAAAGCAGCAGCAAUGUCUUCUCAUGAAUCCUCUGCUUCACACUGUCUAGAUAUGGCUUGGAACUACUUAUCAGCCAAAUUCUUCAGUUUGGCUAUCUGUGUGGCAGCACUUGUCACAAAUAGAACAGAGAUAUCAAGAAAUACCCACACCCUUUGAGAACACCCACAUUUCAGGUGUCAUCCAUCUACCACCCCCACCAGUAGGAAAAGCAGGAAGGUCAGUUGUAGGUUACUGCUUUAUUAACUCCAGUUUGGUAACAUUUGGGCAAUAAAACUGACACAAUCAAGUUAUCAUUCAAUUUUCAGCUAAGGUGGGAAGCUGAAAUGGGCCCUUUCCAGUGGCAUUCUUAUACUUAAGUCAAAACAUGUAUUUUGUUUUCUUUUACCAUUUACUACCAAUUAAGGAGAACAGGAAAACCUGUAUGAAGUAACAUUUAAUCAAUGACAACCACAUGUAAUUAGGAAAUGUCUGCAAGUGUAGGAUGAGGUCCAUCUCUGCACAGAACAGAUUUCUGCAUAUUAAGAGCCCACAGGUCAGUAGUAACAGCAAAGUAGGAUGAGACUAGAAACAGAGAUCCAACAGACCCAGCUCUUGGACAGCCAACACAGCCAGGCCUCCUGCCAAGCUCAGUGAUCUGUAAAGCCAACCAGCUUCCAGCAUUUCCACCAACCAGGCAGCUAAAAGGAAGAACUCAACCACUUCCCAGCUGAGCAUGUAGCAACAGCAGGAGCACAGUGACUGAUCAAGGUUUGAAGUUUUUGCCACCUCCCCGAGGACCCCUGGCUUGAGCUCUGUAGUAUGAACAACCUCUGUAGUAUGAUGUGUAGUAUGAACACAUCAGCCAAAGUGGUAACAGAUCAUGGGCAUAAACAGGAGAAACUCUUAUCUUGGCUUCCUUCCUGUCUCAAGAGCUGAACUCCUGGUCUGAGCCUCCUCUCCAGAGGUAAUUUUCUCCCAGUUGCUGCUCAUACCUCACUGAUUACUGAAUGCAGUUGAAGUGGGAGCACAUGGAUGCCAAGAGGAGACACAUUUCAGCCAAGCACCAGGUGGUGGGUGUCUGACAGGAGCCUGGGUGGGCAUUGAGGAACACCCAACUCAGCACUGGUGGUAACUCACACUCUGUGGUCCCACAGAACCUCCUGGCAGGAUCACUGUGCAGGCUUGGAGAACAUGGGGCACUCUGCAUCAGUGCAGUCCAAACACUGUAUGAAAAGUCACUGCUAACCUUCAGCGUGGAAUGCAACAACUCUGCAUGGGACAGCACAAACUGUAAAGCCCUGAACAGCAGCCCAGACUGCUCAACACCAUCUCUUUCCCCUGGCUUUCCUGUUCUGCAGCUUGCAGGGCGGGGCGUUGUCACAAGAGCAGUCACCAGCCACACAAAUACCAGUACUUCCCAUGUGCUUACACAGGAACUACACUCAGAGCUAGUGAGCAAGAAAGGAAACACGGUUGUGAUGCUGAGUCUUAUCUGCCUCCUGGAAAUCAAAUGGCUGCUAAGGGACUACAAGGGCUGAUGGGCUGGGUUUGUAGGGGAAGAAUACUUCUGUGGAGGAUUUGAUUCUGGAAGAGGAAUUACUGUCCUGCCUGUGAUUAUGUUAUUAACAAAAUGCCAACACUGCAUUCACUCAAGAGGGCAAAGAAUUACUCAAACUGAUAGCCAUCAUCUAUUCUUUGCUGGCAAUUACAUAAAUUCAGCAGCCAGCUCACAUUUUGCUCAGAGCUAGAGUGAUCUCCAGACUUGUGCACUCCUGGAUCCUGCACAGUGCAAAUCUGAUCAGUUUCUAGAAUAGCUGGAUAAUCAUAUUUCCAUCAAAUUAGCCAGUUCCAUGUGGUACAGUGCUCAACUUGUCCUUCUACCAGCUGCUAAAGGACGGCUGACACCUGAUCUGGGACAAAGCUGCUGGAGCACCAUUAAGAGCACAUUUGCAGCCUGUCACUGCUGGGUGACAUGUGGCUGCAGUCAUUCUGUCCCACACACUGGCACAAAAGGCAAAUUUACUGUGGUGUUCUAGUCUGACUGAAGUAAAUUUCGCUUUUAGAUAGAAAACUCUUAACAGAAAUCACCGUGACCUCCCAGCAAAAUCGGCAGAAAUCAGAAUUGACAUCCCUGAAAUUUCUAAGGAGAAAGACAGUAUAAUCCAAAAUCACCGGCAAACAAAACUCAAUUUAGGGCACAGCUUCGAGUUUAUAACCAGGGAUUCCACAUAUCCUGAGGAUUGAGCUGGGGGGGGCAAAAGUGAAUGGGAACAAAUACCCUAAGAGGAUGUUUGAAAGCAGGAGGAAUUUUACUUACCAGCUCUAAAAGAGCCAUUGUUAACCAGAUUUGGAAGCUUAAACCAGCAACAGGUAUCCCAGCUUUGCUGCCCUUACCAGAAUUCGAAAACCAAAUCAAGGCAGACAUUAAGAGAAGCAACCAGUGUGUUAAUAGGUGUAAUGCAGAAUGAGCUACAGCUGCAAAAGUGGUGCUUUGACUGAAAUUCUCUUUCACUGAAAUGCAGGCGUUUGCCUCUGCCUCAGGGUAACUGGACACACGGUACAGCCAAGACAUUCCAGCCUAAACCUGAAUGAAAUUUCCUGCGUGUCGGAUUACACACUUGGAUUGUUCAAGCAGCCCAGGCUAAAGCCUUGAAUAAAUCAAUGGCUUCGUGAAGCAAAGGUGACUCUGGAGAAGUCGCAUCGCACCCCUCAAUCUCCCCUUUCAUCAUGGGGAGUUUGUAAUCCACUCUGACACCGAGCUGAAAAUCCCCCUGGCACACUCAGCAUUUUGGUGAUUGUUCAGUCCCAGACCCAGCCUAAACAAGCACUGGGUGGUGGUCUGAUCAAUAUUUGCAAUGGACAAUCUCGUACAAAAGGACAAAUUACAGUGUGUACACAGUGCUGGUUUUGUAACAGGACUGGCUGGCUCUGAGGAAGGGGGUGCAGGUAUCAGAUAACACUCACACUCAAUGCAGGGAGCGUGUGGGGGAGUUCAAUGCGUUCCCUUCCACUCGGCAAGGACACAAAUGCUCAACAGCUGCAUCGAAAGGAUUGUUCUGAAGUUUUAAGGCGAAAACAGUCCCUGGAGGAACUUCUUGGGAAAGUGGUGAACUUUAACCUUGCCUGGAUAAGAAUGCUAACGUAAGUGUGAAUGGGAAAGCUUUCAAUGCACUAAUAGACGUGAGAAGUGCUUUGUCUUUAGAGAAAGGCUGCACAGCCCUUCUUGUGUCUGAGCCCUGGCUGAGGAAGGGAGACUCAAGCGACAGUGACUUCGUUCCGAUAAGUGGCAGCUAAAGGUUUUACCAGGUCACUGCUCAAUUCAGCAGCCAUGGGAGGAUGCAAAACCAAAGGAGAGAAGGCAUCUGGAGAAAUGCAUCCUCCCUGCUCUGCGGGGUCCUGUGGCAGCUUUUAUAACCACAGCACUUAUCAGCACAAGUUCUAUAUUUAACUUACGUUUCCUCAGUGUCUGUAACAUAUCCUCAGUACACCACUUUCCAAUGCUGACGGUGUUACUGUACAGGGGGAAACAAAGCUAUCAGGAUAAAUGCUGGAUUUAAGCUUUCAAAAUUGACAUUGCACUCAAAGGGCAAAAACAUUUUACAGAGUGCAAGGCUACUAGCACCAAGCAUGCUUCCCAAGGACGGGGCAUUCUCUGAGUCAUGGAAGUACAAGGAGUGCUUAGUUCUACAGCACAUACCGGGAAUUCAGUCCUGCCUGUUGCCUGUGGAGCGUCUGGUAAAGGCUGGCACAGGACUCAAUGCCACCUUCGGCACAGGUGAUUUAUCCCUCUCCUACUCUCAGCUGAGCAUGCACGAACACUACCCCUGCACACACCUCGUGUGCUGGCAGCCGUUCAAUGCAAUUCAAUGCAGACUCACUCAGGAAAGGGCUGAUCUUGCUGCUUCCCUUGUCCAGCUGGGAGAAAAACUUCAGAACUCCAUUCAGAAGCAGCUCUCUAGAGCAGACUGCUUGUGCAUGCAACACAUCCUAGAUACUGUCAAACCCCACAACUGCCAGUGAUUAGCUUAAGUGUUUUAUUUGCAUGAGUGCAUUCCAGUUCUUCAGUCACAGCCUGACCUAGCAAAGGUCUGACAGGACAGCUAUUCUGGAAAAUGCCUAAAUUAUUCUCUGAAAUGGGGCAGGAGCCCUUUUGGUGAAAACAGCUGGUACCUGAAGCACCACACAUCCAAAUGAAUGCAAAGCUGUUUCUUUUCUGGAGUGCCAAUAGGAACAACUCCACGGUCCCACACUGCUGUGACUCAUGUUACCCCAGGCAACCCAGUUUGCAGGCUUCCCUUUGGCAAAGAAAAGUUUCAAUUCAAAAUCUCUGACAUUUCUUUAGUAUUCAGGAUGAAGAGCAGCAGGUGAGAGAAAAUAUCUGGUUCAGUGCCUAUCACCAGAAAGAAGUGCUUCUUUGCUGGUUCCAGAAGGAUCACCAAGUCUCAGGCCCCCAGACAGCAGCUCUCACUUGUGCAGGUUUAAGUUCAUGUCCACACUUAAUCUACAAACUCGGCCCUGCUUUUAAAUGUUGAAUAAACUUCGUGUUCAUCUACAGUGUAAAUACACCACACAGAACAACUGAACUCCUGGCCUGGAGUCCAGACACCGCAAGAAGCAACAUCUGUUGCCAGGCACAGAUCCAGCAGGGAUUACUGCAGUCACAGCAAGGACUAAAUCAAAGGCAUAUGCCUGUACUAAAUACGUAUUGUGAGCACAAAACCUGUAUUGUGAAGGCAACUACCAGACUGAAGAAAUAAGGAGUGGGUCGACAAAUCUGAUAUUUACCUCUGCCACCCCAGGCAGCUGCCAGGACAUUAAACAUGUCCAGGGUGCAGCACAUGGCCAUGGAGCAGCUGUGCUUCCCCAGCACCUCCUCCUCCACCUAGGAACAAGUGUCCUGCAAUUUAGCAUUAUUUUAAACACCACACCUUGUGUUAAGGUAUACAGAAGGAAACACUGCUUGCUACAGGACUACCUCAGGACUAUCUUGUAGGUUUUUUGCAGAUAAUCCUUUCAUGGGGCAGUAAAAGGGCACAGUUUACACCUACUGCUGUGUAGGGCACAAGCAAACUAUGACUGUUCCAUCAAAAUCAGAUUAUACCUAGACUUUCAACAGAUCAGCAGUAACAUAAUUCUGCUAUCUGCCAAUGAGUUUGCUCUCUCCUAAUCUCAGUCCCAAAACUGAGACUGACAAAUAGCAAAGCCAGUUAUCACAACAGGCAUGAGAGAUUGGUGCUGAAGCAGUCCAGAAUAGGAGAUUAUCUGCAGGACAGUGGGAAACAGGCUAAGACUGCCAGCACCUUACCCUCCCACAGCCAGGCAGACUGCAAGAGGCAGGGCAGAGGCUCAGGUGGCAUUCUCCAAGCACUGCAGUCACCCCAGAGCGUGCUGCUGCUGCAGGCACAGCACAGAUCCAAAGAUCACCAAAGAUCCACCACACUUGCAGACUUGCCGUGUGUUCCAGAGGGAUCUGUUUCAGACCCAAGAUAAGUCAGUUACAAGAUCCACUAACUCUACUCUGAAGUCUAUCACUGAUACUGUUAUCACAAGUACUUACCUCAAAUCUCAUCUGAAGCUGCAAGUACUGAAGAAUCUCAUGAGCUGUCCUCUUCUGGCUAUCAAGGCAGAAAUUUCUUUUUUUACCGACUUUGUUAAAUUGAGCUUGUUAGACCACUUCUCCUCUGUUUAAUAAGGCAAAUAAAGAUGUUCAUGCCAUACCAGACGACAAUUUGAAUGAAACCCUCCAAUUCUCAUGAGCCUCCCAUUAGGGCGCUGAAAGGCAGUAAAGCACAAGACUUGCACUGCAAUGUACGUAAGUCACUUUAACAGCAGUGAGAACAACAAAACCCAAUAAAAAAAAACCCUGAAGGCAAUUCUAACUUCCUGUGUUAAACCCCACUGGAUCAGGUAAAGUUUACUGCUGCAGGAGAGCUCCACGCAGCACACACGAUUCACUCAGCCUGAAUAAUUUCCUGUGCAGUCUGCACUGAACCCUCUCAGACUCCUCAGCUACAAGACAGCCAAGAAGAAAUUAAUACAGAAACUUAAAAGACCAGACACAGGAAUCAAGGUAAAAAAGAGCUAUAACGAAACUAAAUCAGCCCUUGUCCCCUAAAAUGCACCGCCAGAUAUGAAUGUUUUAACGAGGAAGGCCAAACUACAGCCACACCAACACUCCUGCCUAAUGCGAGCCAAACUUUACUCAUUUUUAUCACUAAGGGUAGCCACAGACCUACACCAUUUGUUCCCAGCUUCACUGAAUCACACAAAACGUGGUGCAUUAGACCCUUGCAAGUCUGUGGUUGGUUGGCUUUUUGGGAGGGAGUGUGGGGGUGUGUGAAGUUUGGUUUUGUAUUUUAGAAAACCCAAAUACCUCUGAAACUUUAUUCACACAUCCAAGACCUACUACAAAUUGUGCAAUUCAAGAAGGUCACUUGAAUUGAAGGUUCAAGGAAAAAACUAAUUUACAACAGUUAAAAGUUCAGUUGGGUUUUGUUUAGACUAUAAAAAAUUUGUAAAAUAUUGAGUAGUUUCCACAUUCCAGUACAAAUAUUCUGCUUUUUAAAGGAAACAGACUUCCUUCAUUUACAUGCAAGUACUUGUCAAGUCAUCUGUACUUCAAAUCCCUGUCUUCCAGCAAGAUUAAGGAGCACUGGUAUCUCCCCGAGGCUACCCUCAUUUCAGAGGGGCAUAUGCAGGCUCCUGACUGUGGAGCCUUGUAGCUGCUAAGAGCUGGCCACCUUUUUAAGCAUCCUUAGCCUUAUUUUGUGCAACACAGCUCUGUCACACAAUCUCUCCACACUGAGUUUUACAAGCCAGGGUCAUCUCAAUCCUAUUAGUUCCAUAUUUACAAUAUGCAAUACAGUAUGAAGAUAAUCAAAUUCAGUGAGCAGGCUUGCUGCCACGUCUGGGAAAUCUGACGCCACAGUCAGGAGGUCUCUGGGUUGAGCCCCAUGCCGUACUAACAAUGAAAAUCUAAGUCCCAAGGGAGUAUCAUUUGAAACCCACCUUUAGAAGUUAACAGAGUUCCAUAGGUACAUGUCUACAGCAGUGUAACAGCACUGAGAAAAAUCCCCCAAUAAGCUACACUGGCCUCAAGUGUGUAUACAUUAGAAUAUUAGAAUUUUCUUUUUCUGAGCGAUGUUUCUUUAGUAAGAGAUUUUCUUGAUGUCAGUUUAGCUGAGCAUGUCUGCUUUGUACAUAAGCAACUGGUAAAAAUUCUGAGCAUUCCUGGCUUCUGCAAAGGAGGAAGAACUUGAAGACAGGGAAAGUAGGGCAGUGACUAAGUAUUUGAAUAAUGCAAGACACAUUAAAACAUAAUUAACAUACAGCAGUUACAGUAAAGCUAUUCAUUACCCACUGUUUAGAGGCAACAGAUUCUUUCUUAAUUGUAUGCACAAGAUGUUAACUUUCUAUCAAGUUCAGCCAAGUUUGUUGUUGUGUUUUGCUGCUAUCAAAUAAAAAGAACAAAUACAAUACAAUCAGGUUUCCAGCAAAUCAUAAACACAGAUCUAUUGAAAUGAGGCCACCCAAACCUGUUGUUUUCACACAGUUUGUAUAACCAGCACACCCAGACUCCAUUGGACGAAAUACACUGGAAUCUUAAACAGAAAACAAGACAUGUUUAUAGGGAGGAUAAACAGAGAUUUAUUUAAUCAGGUUUAUAUUUACAGUUGAGAUCACUUUCACAUACUACUUUGCUACUCUGCAUGGCUACAUAGUUUCCAAACCAAUUGAAGGUCUACAGUCUAAUAGUUCACUCAACACAUAAAACGCUCUUCAUAGAAAAAUGAAAUAUUUCAUUAUAGAACAGUAGUGCAUACAUUAUACUCCUGAAAAGCCAGCUUGUAUUUUAAACCACUAAUGUUUGAAAGACUGAAUCUCUGAAGGUCAAAAUUGCAGUCACAUAAUCCUAAAAUUGGUUAGUUUUUUUUUCCCUACAAUUUCUUUAUAUAUAAAGUGUACUGGACUUAAGUGUUUUUUUCUUUAUUUAAAAGUGACACUGGUGAGGGGCAAGAUUAAAACAUUUUUUCUUCUCAAAUUAUAUACAGCUGGCUUCCUUUGUACAACUUUGGCCAGAAAAGGUCCAUGUAGUGAAGGUUUAAGACUUCCUCUCUGUAUAUGCAAGAAUCAGCCAGUUAAUGCUUAGAGGUAAUCUACCAAAGUAGGCACACAUCCUUUGACUUUCAUAUCAACCAAAUUACACUUAACUUGCAAAUGGUUCUGAAAUUAGAAAGUUUACUAGCAUACUAAAACAUUUAGAUACAUGAAUAGCUGGCUAAAACAGUGAAAGUCACAGGUAAUUCUAUGGGUUUUGUAAAGCUGUUGUUUUGCCCUUCACCAGUGCACAGUGCG